CAGGUACCGGAUUGUCUGGCUCGACAGCAGGCAUCGGGUCACCAGGUAUGACAGCGGGCACUGGGUCACCAGGCAAUCAGGUCAUUUGGCUUGCCAGCGGGCACCGCGUCAUCUGGCAAGGCAGUGGGCACCGGGUCACCAGGCGUUGGAUCGUCUGGCUCGACAGCAGGCAUCGGGUCACCAGGUAUGACAGCGGGCACUGGGUCACCAGGCAAUCAGGUCAUUUGGCUUGCCAGCGGGCACCGCGUCACCUGGCAAGGCAGUGGGCACCGGGUCACCAGGCAUUGGAUCGUCUGGCUCUACAGCGGGCAUCGGGUCACCAGGCAUCAGGUCAUUUGGCUCGCCAGCGGGCACCGCGUCAUCUGGCAAGGCAAGUGGGCACCGAGUCACCAGGUACGACAGCGGGCUGUGAGUCAAUUGGCACGACAGCGGGCACCGGAGCAGGUACAGGAUCAUCUGGAUCAACAGCGGGCAUCGAGUCAACUGGC